GCUGCUGAAACUUCCGUUUUCAAGAUGAAGUUUUUAUUGGCAGUCUCCUUUUUAAUUUUAAUGUCCUUGUGGGUUGAAGAAGCCUAUGCUAAGGAGAAGUCCUCCAAGAAAGGGAAGGGGAAAAAGAAGCAGUAUCUGUGCCCAUCUCAGCAGUCCCCAGAGGACCUUGCACGAGUGCCCCCCAACUCCACCAGCAAUAUCUUGAACAGGCUGCUGGUCAGUUAUGAUCCCAGGAUACGGCCAAAUUUCAAAGGCAUUCCUGUUGAUGUAGUAGUCAAUAUUUUUAUUAACAGCUUUGGAUCCAUUCAAGAAACAACAAUGGACUAUAGAGUUAACAUUUUCUUGAGACAGAAAUGGAAUGACCCCAGGCUCAAGCUUCCUAGUGACUUCAGAGGCUCAGAUGCAUUGACAGUGGACCCCACAAUGUACAAGUGUUUGUGGAAGCCUGAUUUAUUUUUUGCAAAUGAAAAAAGUGCCAAUUUUCAUGAUGUAACCCAAGAAAAUAUCCUUCUGUUUAUUUUUCGGGAUGGAGAUGUCCUUGUGAGCAUGAGGCUGUCUAUUACUCUUUCUUGCCCUUUGGACUUGACUCUGUUUCCCAUGGAUACACAGCGCUGCAAGAUGCAACUUGAGAGCUUUGGUUACACAACCGAUGAUUUGCGGUUUAUCUGGCAGUCAGGGGAUCCUGUUCAGUUGGAAAAAAUUGCCUUGCCUCAAUUUGACAUUAAGAAAGAGGAUAUUGAAUAUGGCAACUGUACAAAAUAUUAUAAAGGCACUGGCUACUACACAUGCGUGGAAGUCAUCUUCACCCUUCGGAGACAGGUGGGAUUCUACAUGAUGGGUGUGUAUGCACCCACCCUGCUCAUUGUGGUCCUCUCCUGGCUCUCCUUCUGGAUCAACCCCGAUGCCAGCGCUGCCAGGGUGCCCCUGGGCAUCUUCUCCGUGCUCAGUUUGGCCUCAGAGUGUACCACACUUGCCGCAGAGCUUCCCAAAGUAUCCUAUGUGAAGGCCCUUGAUGUGUGGCUCAUCGCCUGUCUGCUCUUUGGGUUUGCUUCCCUGGUGGAAUAUGCUGUUGUCCAAGUGAUGUUGAACAACCCCAAAAGAGUUGAAGCAGAAAAAGCCAGAAUUGCUAAGGCAGAGCAGGCAGAUGGAAAGGGUACAAAUGUAGUUAAGAAGAACACUGUGAACGGUACAGGGACGCCUGUUCAUAUCAGUACGCUGCAGGUUGGUGAGACCAGAUGCAAAAAGGUGUGCACUUCUAAAUCUGACCUGAGAUCCAAUGACUUCAGCAUUGUUGGAAGCCUACCAAGAGAUUUUGAACUAUCCAAUUAUGACUGCUAUGGAAAGCCCAUUGAGGUUAACAAUGGACUUGGAAAGUCACAGGCAAAGAACAAUAAGAAACCUCCUCCUGCCAAACCUGUCAUCCCAACGGCAGCAAAGCGCAUCGAUCUUUAUGCAAGAGCAUUAUUUCCUUUCUGCUUCUUGUUUUUCAAUGUUAUAUAUUGGUCUAUAUAUUUAUGAUACAUCUUUUCCAUUUGUAUGAGAAACCAAAUACCAUUUCAUUGUGACCAGUGCAAUUCAUAAUUGCUAAUCUGUGAAAACUUUGCAUUUUCAUAGCAAUAUAUUGCAUUUUGGAUGCCACUUGAUUACAAUAAAAUAACAGCACCUUACUUUUGAAUGGCAGCAUGAUCCUGUAAAGUGUGUGCUCCAAUAAUGACGUAUACAUGUAUAGUGAGCAUACUGCUUUAGAAAUCAAUGAAGAAUAAGCAUACUGCAUAAUAUACAUAAUAUACUCUUCUGUUAGUGUAACUGCAAAUAUUUCAAAUAAUCCUGAUUAAAACAUGAUGUGCACGCUGACUCCUGCUAUGGUCACCAUUCUAAUGUAUGUAGCAUCUUACAUUUCCUUCCUUGUAACUUUCAAAGAAAGCUGUCUUAUUCUUACUUAAUUUUAGAUCGCAUUAUCAAAGAUUAAGUAAAAUUGUAUGGUUUAAACUUUGUAAGAGAAGUAGAUUAGUAUAUCGUUAGGCAAACUCUAUGGAAAAAUAACGUUUAAAAACUAUAAAUUUGUAAAGUCAGCUUAUUUUAAAGUGUAACUGUGUUGUCAAAAUGCCAGAUAAGAAAACACAGUAAGCAUUUCUGAAGCAAAGAGAAGUCUGGACUAACAAAAAUGCAUACUGAAUUCUGGCUUUCUGAUAAAUAAAGCAUAGAUGUAUCAAUUAAAUAUUUUGGAUAAAUUAAAUUAUUUAGUCCAUCUUGAAACCUAAAUAUUUUUCCAUACCUUUUAUUUGUUGAUAACAGAAGACACCAAAGCAUAAGCCUUAAAAAGAGUUGCCCAUAUUUUAAAUAUAAGUGAAGCAGUGAAUGUUUGAUUUCAUGUCACUGUUAGGGAAUGAAUCCAAGAAAAAUUACUAGGAAUAAA